AGCAUGUGUGUAUGCAUAUUCUGCCAUCUGGAGUUCAGAGGUUUCUGUUUGGCCCAAUGUCAGAGUACCCUGUGGUCAGAUGUUUCAUGGGUGCUGCGUUUGGAGCUCUGAGUGGUGUGGGAUUGUUUUUCGGACUCUUGCACAAUAUUCCAAUGAAAACAGUACAACGAGCUAUUGUUGGAUAUGUGUUUGUAGGCGUAUGUAGUCUUGGAGGCAUGUUUUCCCCACUGUUCCGCUGCUCAGUCCUCUUGAUGUUUCCUAGUAUGCUUGGCUCAAAAGGUCAGGCAUUCCUGAUGAUUUUUGUCAUGCAUGGACUCUUCCAAGGCCCCAUUGCAAAUAUCCAGCAUAAUGUGCAGAAUGUGGCCUUAUCCAUGGGCUGUAACAUUGAACUGCAGAUCGCUCACAGCAAGGUGAUGUGGAGAAUGGUGACAGAGCCUUAUGUGCAAGUAGUGCAGGAGAUAGUGCAUGACAGUGAGGACUUUGAGAUCGAGGCGCAAAACAUUAGCAGAAAGUUCCAGAAAAUUCGUGAUGAGGUAAUGGGUCAGUACGGAUAUGACUCUAUUGGUAAGGAGUCUGUCCACACAGCCAACAGCACCCAGGAGGAGUAUGUAGUGAAGACCAGGGCACGUUGUGACUACGUGGUGCAGCAGGGAAUUGGCCGGUGUCAGAAUUGGUUCAGCGAUAAGUGGGAAGAGUGCAUGAACAUCAUUCAAGCCCCUCUUAUCAACCACUUCCUCUGCGUACCUAUGAAAUUCAACUUUCUGUGUGAUACCAUGAGAUUGAUGUCCCCGUGGUGCACAGAGAAGAUCCCAAUUGAGGGAAACUUUGGUCAGACCUUCGACAAACUCAAUUACUCCAUCAACAGACUUGCGGAGCACUUCACCACCAAUGUAGUACUUCAGGUGCAACAAACCAUAGGGCCAAACAACAACAAAUGCACUUGGGUUUCUGUUGUGUUUUUUUGUCACUUAUCUAAUUUCUGCAGGCUAUCUAUUUUCAGCUUAUUGGGACAACAUGAAACGUGUUUUGAGAAGCAGCAACCAUUGAAAUUGGAGCAGCAGUCAGUGUUUGGAGUGAACGUCCUCGAGGAUUUUUCUGAGGAGCUAGUCCGUGUGUUUCAGGAGAAAACAGAUAUCGCUGAGCAAAUAGCAGAGGUGAUUCAGUUCCUUCUUUCCUUCACCUUCAUCACUGUAUUUACCUCAGCAUUUGGAUAUGUUCGUCAGUAUUGUAGAGACAUUCGCUUUGACAAUGUAUACAUUACAACCUACUUCAGACAGAUUGAUUCCCGUAGAAUGAGAGAUGGGAAAAGAAAUUUGCUGCCACUGAAGAAAGCAGAGCAAGAGUGUUUGAUCAACCCUUGGAGCUUAUCUAUUCACUCCGGCGAGCUUAUGCCUGUGCUUGUAGGCUUCUUGCAGGCUGUGUCUCUGGCUCUGCUUGUGUGUAUUCUCCUUGCCGUUGAUGGAAUCCUUUACAACAUCUUUGACCUCAUCCGAAGACACACCUUUACCAAGUACUCCAUUACCAGUGUUCAUCACACAGACAUUGUGAUCGGGGGAGAUUCCAUGUUAGCCAGACUACUGCGGAAAACCAUUGGUGCCUUCAACACCUCCUCCAAUCUUGAUGUGGAAUCCAGUAACUUGCGUUGUUUGCCCCAGCCACAUGCUCUGAGUCAGUCAAACUACCUAUGGAUCCUUAUACCCUUGUUACUGAUGUGCCUCAUGUGCUGCCUGCAGGUGUACACAAACCGUCUGCGCAGGGUCAUCACUGCCUUUUAUUUCCCUAAGAGAGAAAAGAGACGGAUCCUCUUCCUGUACAACCUACAAAUCCAGAAACGGAUCUCCUUUAUCAAAAGACAGCGCAGAUGGCUGAGGAAUCAAAAACAAACAUUUAAAAAUGUGCUGUUGAUUCUGUUUGGCCCCCUGAAGUGUGUGAGCUGUAGGCUGCCCUGGUGCUGUGUGUGUGAUGGCUUUGUGUGGCACAACCAGGCUGUCCAGUGCAGUUCUGCAGAUUGCACAGUGAUCUAUUGUCAACAGUGUUGGAGGGACCUCGACUGCAUCUGCUAUGCUUGUUCCACUCAUAACCAGUGUGAGCUGCAAGACAGCGACUCUGAUUCUGAUGUGUACUAUGGCUAUUAAUGGGAUCUGAACAUUAAACCAGCUCCAAGCAAAGCACACCAUUGCACAUACAUUAUACACAGAGCACACAGCCAAUCCAUGCCCAUCCUCACAAGUUUUCUCAGUCCCAAACUGCAUGAACAAAGAUACCUGAGAAGUUCUGAUAAGUGAUAAAGAAAGUGAUAAAGUCUUAUUUCUUGUAUGGAUUGUUGAAUUGCUAUUGCUAAAGUACUUAAAGAGAUAGUUCACCCAAAAAAUUAUUUGAAUGUUGUCAUCAUUUACUCAACCUCAAAUUUUUCUAAACACAUAUACAUUUAUUUCUUCCGAAAACACAAAAGGAGAUGUUUGGCAGAAUAUUAGGGAGAGGCAACCUCAUUCACCAUUCAUUUUGAUUGUAUGUACAGUAAAAAAGAUGCAAUAAAAGUAAAUGCAUGGUGACUGAAGCUGUUAGACCCUAACAUUCUCCCUUUUGUUUCCACAGAAAAACAAGUCACACUGGUUUGGAACAACAUGAGGAUGAUUGAAUGAUGACUGCAUUUUCUUUUGGGGGGAACUUUACCUUUAAUAGAAAUCCAGUUGCGCAAAGAAAAAGAAAAAACACAACUUUAAAACAAAGCCCUUUAUUGACAGCAUAUUUUAUAUAAUAAUAGUAUGCCCAGUAGUAGGACCAAUCUGUAUUACACCAGCUAGCUUUUAAAUAAAUA